AUGCCUGCUAGGCAUAGAGGACCUAGAACGGGAUGUGGUCGUGGUCCUGGAGGUUGCAUGAGGGCUCGUGAGAGUCCUCACCCCGAGAUUUCAGAGAGGUCACAUCACAGGCCAAGGCAGGAUGAGGUUAGAGAGGGUGAGGUUAGGAAGGAGUCUCACCAGUCAGGGCACCAAGAGAGAGAGUGCUCGCACUCACCUCCCAGGAGGAGAGUUGAGGUUGAUCAGGAGGAGGUAGCGGCUAGCCACAUGAGGGAUUUAAUGAGAGCUCGUCCUCCCACUUUCGAUGGUUUAGGCAUAGGGAUGGAGGCUGAGACAUGGUUAUUGGAACUGAACCGGUUUCGAGCUAGAUUUUUGUCAGAGCACUGGAGACGGCGUAAGGAAAAUGAGUUCCAUAAUCUGAGACAGGGCAGGAUGUCAGUUGAUGAGUAUGAACGGAUAUUCUUUGAGGUCAGACAGUAUGCAGACAUAGUGGCAUAUGAGACUACGCUUGUGCAGCACUUUGUGCGGGGUCUCAAGGAUUAUAUUUGUAGAGAGGUUCACAUGCACGAACCUAAGACUUUACAGGCCACCACAAAGAAGGCGAGGAUCGCCGAGGAGAAUCACUCCUUGAGUGCAGGGGGUACUACAAGAGGACAAGUAGCCAGUGCCCCAGGCCAUAGAGCCAUUCAUUGUCCUCAGUGCACAUCACAGACUUCGGGUCAGCAGAGGGAAGCUCUAGUAGAGCCCACUAUGGGAGAUUCAAGCAGGACUCAUAGAGUGUUCACGAUGAUUGAUAACCAUCAGACUAAGCACCAGGCCACCGUGGUUGAGACAUCAGGUGUGAUAGGUGGUAUUCUUUGCUCUGUUUUGUUUGAUUCAGGAGCUUCAAACUCUUUUGUUACUCCUUAUUUAGUAGAGAGAUGCGGGCUUUCUAUGACAAAGCAGGACGAUAGGUGGCAGGUAGAGCUAGCUAUGGGGUCCAAGGCAGUGGUGGACUCCCUUGUGCAUAGUUGUCCUCUAGUUUUGGGAGACCUUCAUACCUCAGUGGAUUUGUGUAUCAUGCCCUUGAGAUCUUAUGAUGUAGUUCUUGGUAUGGAUUGGUUGGGAUCACAUCAGGCACAUAUAGAUUGCAGGAGUAAGAGGGUGCAUUGUGUAGAUGAUAGCGAAAGGAGUGUAGAGAUUGUAGGCAUUCAUAGACCUAUUUCUCUUCGCAUGAUUUCUGCCAUGCAAAUGAAGAGGUGUGCACGGAAGGGUUGUUAG